AUGAAUCCCUUUCUGGUCCUUACAAUAAUAAUACCAGCCACCUUUGCAGCUUGUAACCCAAAUUUCAAUACAAAAUUAGGUCCUUGCAUUGGCUGGUGUGAGCAGAUUGGGAUACCAAACCCGAGCCCCAACAACACUCCUGACGUAAUCUCUCAAUGCAUCAAGGCAGCCUGCGACACUUGCAUACCCUAA